GUGAAUGAUGUUUUUAUUUUAUUCGGGUCAUCUAUUGUUGAUAGAGAAAACUAUUUAGAAAGAUCGAUGCAGCGAUUAUCUAAUAAUGCCGAUAUAUCGGAAAGAAGUCCAAAUAGUCGCCAACACUGCAGCAGACGAACACAUUCGAUUUUUUAAACUAAUUCUUGAUGAUUUUCGGCCUUGUAUGUAAAUUGUUUCGAAGCAAACUAUAUACUUUUUCAAAAAGGAAGUUGGUAACAGUAGCUGGAAACCAGGUUUCGAAAACAGGAAAUUGUUCUAAAAUGGAAGAAGUUCCCAAUCAAAAUUGCAUACAAAAGGAUGCAAAAUCCAUUAAAAGACCGUUUGAAAUCAGCCAUGAAGCCGAAUCUGCACCAGUUGAAGAAACAGUCAAAAGAGCACGUUCUCAAAAAAAAAAGAAAUUUGCCAUUCUCUUAAGUUAUUGUGGUCAGGGAUACCUUGGAAUGCAAUUUAAUCAAGGGUUCAAAACGAUUGAAGGUGAAUUGUUUCAAGCAUUUUUAAAACUUGGAAUAAUGGAUGAUGACUCCCUUAACACACCACAAUCUAUACAUUUCCAAAGAGCAGCACGAACAGAUAAAGGAGUAUCUGCCAUCCGUCAAGUGAUUUCGCUGAAAAUGAGGUUACCAGAUGAAAAUCUAUGUAAGGAGCUAAAUUCACUCCUUUCUCACUGUGUACGGGUGUUUGCUGUAAGGAAGGUUACAGCAGGUUUUAAUAGCAAAACUGCAUGUGAUUCCCGAUCCUACGCUUAUGUGAUGCCUACAUUUGCUUUUGCCUCUAAAGAAGUGGCUCCUUCCCAUCAGUUCCGUUUGAUAUCGGAAACUGUUGAUCAAGUCAAUUCGCUGCUUUCGUUUUUUAAAGGGACGCGAAAUUACCACAAUUUCACAUCAGGUAGGCCUGCGCAGGAUCCUAGCUGUAAACGUUACGUAACGCAGUUUUCUUGCAGCCUGCCUUUCAUAGUGAAAGAUAUGGAAUUUGUGAAAAUCACUAUUAAAGGACAGAGUUUCAUGUUGCAUCAGAUACGUAAAAUGAUAGGACUUACAGUCGCUAUCAUGCGUGGAUAUACGUCAAAAGAAAUAUUAGAAAAAGCAUUCAAAAUGGAGCGGGUUAAUAUUCCUACAGCUCCCAGUUUAAAUCUAUUGUUGGAGGAGCCCCACUAUGACAGUUAUAAUCGCCGUUAUGGGAGCGACGGAGUACACGAAGCUUUAGACUGGAGUUCGUGCGCAGUAGAUGUAGAAAAGUUUUACGAAAACUCUAUUCUGCCAGUUAUUUAUGACGGAGAGAUGGUCUGUCCUGAUGGCGGUUCGAUGAUGAAUUGGCUUUUAACAUCUUUGCCACUUCACACGUACGAAUUCCCAUUAAAGCCUGAGGAAAAGUUACCGAAUUCUGUUUGUGAGUGACAUUUCCCAAAUCAGUUGACUUCAAGACGAAUUUGAAUGUGUAAUAAUUGAAAAGCCAUUAUUGCACACUAAACUACUUUAUUCAG